AUGUAUAAGCUCGAUCUUCCUAUCGAUAUGAAGGAGACCGCCGCCAUAGAACGGCGACGUAACCGAGAACUACAGCGACAAAGUCGAAUUUUCAACGCAAGAGUUCGAACCAUUGGGGUAAGGAGAGGUCUUGCUUCUUUUAACCUAUGAUAUAUUAAGUUUUAGACUGAAAACUGAGAAAAUUUGUUACAGCCCUCGUAAGAGAACAAUUGCAUGAUUCUUAGGCACACUUUUGAAAGCUGUACCGCUUACUAUAACGGGCGUAAAUUUCUCAAUUUCGCAAGAUAAGUUAGCUUGGUAACCCACCUAUAACUACAAUAAAUCGAAAGACAAGAAAAUACUCUACGAAAGAUUUGUUCAUUCAUUAACACAUCUUUUGGUCCUCUAGAUUGACUUACAAUCAUUAAAUGAUCAAGUGACAGACCGAAAUAGACGGGAAGUUGAAGAGCAAAGACGCCAUAAUGCUUUUGGUAAGUUACUCAUGAUAGUUACUCCUGGCAAUAAGGAAAUAUUUUGAAGUAAAUAUAAAACAUUUUUAGCCUCAGCUAGCAAAGCUGGUGAACAUUAGAGAGUUACAACCUUUCGUGCUUAAAGAUCAAAACCUGUAGUUCAAACUCUCAGCCAUUAAACUUAACGGACAAGUCAAUUAACAGAAUGGUAGAAGGAGACAUGAAAUACAACAUAUAACAUAUAAUUGUUUUAUGUUCUUCAUGCAGGUCUUGGAAGGACUUAUUAAUCGAUGAGUUUGAGUUGUUUAAAGGUUUUGAGGGAACCUUUUAACUUGUGAAGUGAAAUAUUAUGUGUAUUCCUGACUGUAGCAUUUUAUUUUAUGUUGUUCUAAAUUAAAGUGAGACAAUAAGUUAACCCUGAGAGAAGCAACAGCUAGAGCUACUGCUGCAUGAACUUACAAACAGCAUGAUUGUACAAAAUUUCUAUUAUGACUUGAUUGCUUUGAUUGCCCGAAGGUCAAUUUGCUUGUAACUGAGCAAAAGUUCAUGGGCCCCUCUAUUGGCUGGUCUGUGAAAAUAAGUCUGCAUGCUCCAGAAAGCAGUCAAUCUGAAAACAAGCCCUCAUUCAUUUGAUGAGAACAGGUACUGUCAGUCCGACUCAUGCUAGUCUAGCCAUUAACUUUAGAGGGAGUCAUCCGGUGGCUAUAUACCAGUGCAGACAUAUCUCUGGUUGUUGCUUCUGUUCCUUGCACUGGGACCACUUACAUUACUGAAAGAUAUAAAAUCUAUACUUACUUUUUGGUAAGCUUAAAGGAGUUCCGAGUUGUUUGAUUCUAUUCAAUGUUUGUUGGUGUAUUAAAUAACACAAUUAAAUAAAAAUUACAUCAUACAGAGCUGUCAUUAAGGGCUGUAACCCGUAUCACCUGUUACGGAUGAGCUCACUUGAUGUCACGGGUGAUCAAAGUGGAAAGCUAAUGGUGGCACUAUAAAUUUUUGAGAGAUGUUACGGGUGAAUCUUCAUUUGUUAUGGCUGUUUCAAAACUUAAUCACAGCCUUGUUAUAGACUGAAAGAACACUGACUUCAACAACAUUUCUGAAUAUAACUUCUCUAUUUCGUCUUAAACAGCUGCUGACUUGACGAGAAAUGACAAAAUUGCUGUGCUCCUUCAAAGGCGUCAAGAACAUGACAUCCGUGAGCUGAACAAAGCGGUUAACGAAUUUCGCCAGUCGCACCAACAGCCAGACGGUAGACGUGAGUUUGAUCUCAAUGAUCCUGAUGCUUUGAAGAAAGAUAAGCCAGCCAGGGUAUCAGAUGAUGACCCUCGUUGCGGUGUGUCAUCACUGCAAAAGUUUGUUGGAGAAGAUCUGAAUGGCAAGGCAAGAUCAAAACUACAACAAGAGCAAGCACGGUGAGUUUUAAUUUGUUGUGUUUUAAUUAUUUUUCAAACAAGGUAAUGAAUAAUUUUUUAUUUUCCUCUGUGUGAUUUAUCUGGGACUUGUCUGGCUUCAUUGCCAAUUCUUUGUCUCGUCACACAAUGCUCGUCCCCACAAGUGGCUGCUGAGAACCGAUCCAUAUUCCUUUAGACCACAAACAGUGAAAGGGAAAGGAAUGUGGUUUGGAUCUCAGUGGCCAUUUGUGGGGAGGAGCGUUACAUGAUGACACAAAGAACGGCUGUGGAGCAGACUAAUCUAGCACAAAAAAAUAAACAUAAAAAUUGAACUGGUUUGAAAUGAUUAAAAUGAUAGUAAAUUGAAUCUCUUAAAAUAAGCAACAAAGAAAGAAUCAACAAACACAUCCACUCAGGGCUGAGGCUAUCCUUGCCAGUAAUAUCCAAUACUAUAUUCCAGAGUCAUUCAAAGCCUAGUUCAGGCCCAGAAAUUCUGGGUUAACUGUUAACAGAGCAUAGAGUUGGCAUGGCAACAGAUUAAGUCAAUAUUACCUUUGAGCAUCAGCUGUUAACAACAUCAAUUUUCUCUGAACAAUAUACCAUCACUCCUCUAUUAAGCCUCCCCCCUUUUUCAGGGGUAGAAAGUUAAUAAGGCCCCGCUCCCCUAACUAUUAUUCACUAGAAAGUUUAUAAGCCCCGGCCCCCUCCCCUAAUUAUAAUUCACUAAUAAAUGGUAGACUGAUCCUGUAUGGUUUAAUUUACCCCUUUAUUUGAACCAACCUUUUAUUCACAGAGAAUGGGUUAAGCAGCAAACAAAUGAAAAGAAUCAAGCAGAUGCAAAUCAGAAGUAUGCAGAUCAUUUAUAUGAUCUAAAAGCCAGAGAAAUGGAUCAAAGGGCUUGCGAACUUGCGAGUGCUGAAGCUGAUUGUCGGCGGGCAAUAAACAUGGCAACAAAGGACAUGAAUGAAGCAUUGGCUAGAGAAAGAAAGGCCAAGGAGGAUAGUGAAAGACAACAGGAGCAAGAUGACAAUUUUACUGAGAUUUCUAAUCAUGUGUUUGGUGACAUGCUUACAGAAAAUCCUGAUGUUGCUCAGAGUGCUUUUGGCCCCCACAGGGUAAUAACGGAUCGCUGGAAGGGGAUGAGUCCAGCACAACUUGCUGAAAUAAGGCACAUUCAACAGGCUCAGAUUGAAGAGAAACAGGUAAAUAAAUAUCUCUUACAAUAAGUUAAAGGAUAUGCUAUCAGUGAAAGUGCUAAUUGAUGUGAUCAUGGCUGCGCAUGUGUCUUUUUCCUGUGGCUUGAAUUAUGUGCCUUGGACAAAAGAAUAUAUUUUAAAAAAAGGAAGUUGUGAUCCGAUUCGAUUCUCACAAGGAAAAUGAAUAAUUUUUUGGAAAAGUAUUAAGUGUACACAGCUGUUCUUUUCAUGGGCCACGAUUGAAGACAGAGUAAAAUUAUUGGAUUCAAGCAUUUUAAGUUAUCAUUCGAAGCAACUUUUUAUUUCUUUCACUGGCCAAGAGCCUACCACGUGACCUGUAAAUAACUGCUUACAAAUAAUCGUCUGCUCAUGCACAAUGCUGUCCAACUGUGUUUGGCUGCAAAUAAUAUUCUGCACAUGCGUAAAGGAAACUGUGCUUUUCUCCUUCUUGCGAUCACUCUUGUGUGAAAAUGGCAGAUCGCUUUGCUUCUGGAGGAUAUACAUUAAAAAUUUAAAACAAAGUCGGUGAUCCAAUGAUAAAACAAUUAUUGAACUUGGUUAUCGCAAAAUAUUGUGAUUUGUCAGCAGCCUCUCACAGAUCAAUUAAUAAUUGAUCUGCUCGCUACAGACAAAUCUCGAUAUUUUGCUCAAACUCGUCCAAUAAUUGUUAAAAAUUGUUGUCUAAAGAUAAGAUAACAAUGACCAAUUUGCGCAAAAUAGGUUUUUAAAAUUGAUGGAAUGAUGUUGCAGAGAACUAAGCUCCUAAACUUCCCAGGGAGGGCGAGGCCAUGUCCCUCACUCCACUAACCCCCUCCCCCAAGGAAAGUGUGCCUCUGGUGCAUAUUUCUUGCCUGGGCUAAAUUUUAGAGAACACUGCAUAAUGAUUGAUCACAUUUUGGGAUAAGAAUGGUCUGAUCCAAAGAAUCUGAUCCAAGCACUCUUUUUAUUUGCAAAGUAUGUGUAAGCCAUAUAUUGUAAUACAGGGUCAUGUAGUCAACAAUAAUGAAAACGGAAAAUAAGAAAUUUUUAGAGUUAAUCUCAGCAUGGUUAACCAAACAGGCCCCCAAUACUGUGUGCUGUUAGUAAAUACCGUAAAUUAAGUUGCUGCCAAUAACAGAAGGAUUAAACAUCCUGCUAAAAGAACUGAGUAUAUGUUAGGACUGAGAAUUUCUUCUGUCUGACCUUUCCUUUUUCACUUUCUGCAGAGACUUAAACAACAAGAAGAAGAACAAGAGAAAGAAUACAACAGGUUAAGGUUAACACAAGCCAAAGCAGGAAUCCUCGCUGAGCGAAGCAUUGAAAGAAAGAAGAAAGAGAUUGAAGUGGACCAGGCUGAUGAGAACAGGAGACUUUCAGCAGAACAAAGAGCCAAGUAAGUUGUAAUAAAUUUAUUAUAAUUCAUUAAUUCUUUUCUCAUUCAAAUAUCGGAAAAUUCAAGAAAUAAUUAAAUCUUUCAAAAGUUUAUCAUUCCAUCACUUGGUUUCUUUUAUUUAGCUUUCCCCUGCUCUUUAGUACCCUUUGUUUCCCAAAGCUUACAAAACAUGGGUUUGGAGUGUUUGCAAGAUUUAGUAGGUGUACUUUACAUGUAUGAAUUAACUCAAAGGAAGCCAUGAACAGUACACUUUCCAAAAUCCUCUUUCAGAAUUGGACUUAUUGGGCCAAAGUAUGUCUUUGACUUUCCAAUGGUUGACAGCAAAUUCAUAAUUUUUCCUUGCUUCAUUGCAGAAUGGAAUAUCUUGACAAAGAAGUUUACACUAACAAUCCAACGGCAGCAUACUUCAUGCAGUUUAAUACAACAAGCAGAUGAAAAUUUAUGUUUUUCAGUUGAACUUUCAUAAUAAAGCGGUGUUUUACCGAUGGACUUGCACAUAUUAAUGUUAUUAUAAGUUUGAGAAUGGCUUGUAGGCAUUUGCUAAUAGAAUGCAACCAAGGAGAUGGCUUGAAGACAAGGACUUUAUUUUCAC